AUGAUCUUUGGCAAGUAUUCAUACCAUAGUAAAUUAAAUGAUUUAAAACAAAGUCUAAAGAAAUUCAGCUUGUCAAAUUUGCAGGAGGUUUUUGUACGAGCAGUAAUAGGGAUUGUAUCACUGUGGUACACUUUUGGUAGCGGCACCAGACUUGAUGUUGGAAGUAAGUAACAAGCUCUCUUUAUAUUUCUUUCUGAUAGAACGUGGUAUUUACAUUCCUAAACUCUGUCUCUAUUAAAAUAUUUCAAUAUUUUAGAUGUUUUUAAAAUUACAUUUGAAUAGUAUUGGAUAUAGUAAGCAUCAUUGUUGCAUUGUGUUCAUGGUAGCCUUCACUGUUACUCUGAAGACAAAAGGUCUCAGUUUGAAACCGACUUCAUGAUCUAACAUGUUUGAUAAGUAUUUAAAAUUAAUUAAUGCUCAAAUUCUGCAAAUAGUAUGAAUAUGAGUAGGCUAUUCUGAUCAGAUCCAUUCCUAAACAAUAUAUGUAUGACAUGUGUAACUGACACAGUAUGUAUAGUAACUCUAGUUAUUUAACCACUUUAUACUUGUUAGGUUCACAAAUCUGCUUUGUAUCGUAUUACUUUAGUGUUUUCUCCACAUCUUUUAAACAAUGUAACCUUUAUUUUCAUAUUUAGAGGUCACAUUAAUUUGAUGUGUCCUUUGCUGAAGAUCAUCUCUUACUGUAGCUGUACUUGAUGUAGUUACUUAGUUGAUGUGUUCUGUUUGUUCCAGGUAACAGUGUCCCUACCCUCACUGUACUGCCCCCCUCUAGUGAGGAGCUGUCCAGUACAACAACAGCCACACUGACGUGUCUGGCCAACAAGGGCUUCCCCUCAGACUGGACCAUGCACUGGAAAGUGGACGGGACCAGCAAGAAGCAGGAGGCCAGUCCCGGGGUCCUGGAGAAAGACGGCCUGUACAGCUGGAGCAGCACCCUGACUCUCACUGCCCAGGAGUGGACCAAGGCAGGAGAGGUGACCUGUGAAGCCCAGCAGAAAUCCCAGACUCCAGUCACCAAGACCCUGAGGAGGGCUGACUGUUCUGGGUAGGACCCCUCAGUCACACAGCCUUGUGGAGAGAGGCUGCUGGUUCUUCUGCUUUGACUCUGUUCUGAGAUCAGAUGUUCUCUGUCUUAUUGAUCACUGACAUGUAGACUAACAGAGGGCUUUGCUUGAGUUCAUGUGUCAAUCCUCUCUGUAGACAGGUUGUAUCAGUGUUAGAUUUGAUGUGUUCUGCUUCAUUACUAUUAGAUACUGUAGGAAUGUUUGCUUUAAUGCUUUGAUGAAUAGAUGAAAAUAAAGAUUUAUCUUUCAAUUAUUAGACUUUAGUCUUAAAUGUUGAAUGAUAUUGAAAUACAUUCAUAAAGCCGGAUUCACAGUCUCUAUGAAAACUAUCGGACCUAAACCUCAUUGCUUAGUUAUUUAUGUUCUAACCACAACGUCAUCAACCAGUAGUUCAUACUAACACAAGAUACUACAAUUUACACAGAUUAACAGGAGAGGUUUAGCCACAUGUAGUAGGUACUCUUUAUUCAUAUUUCUUGGAAGAUUUUGACCUGCUUGGCUUAUAGACUUAUAAAGACAGUAAUCUAAUGCUAUUGAACAUUUCAUCGAUAUCUUCGAUGAUCACCAAUGUGCUCACACCUGCAUUAAGCUACAUUUAUUUAAAAAGUUGUCCACAUAAUAGUAGAAGUAUCACAUCUUCAAGAUAGUCAUAUAGUCUUCUCUACCUCCAACCCUCUGGGGACAGAGUGAACGUCCGGUGACAGUACAGUUCUAUUCUGGGACAAGCAGAACCACCAAGCCCUGUCUAUGUAAAUCUCAGUUUCACUCCCACAGCUACCAGUCUAGCAGUUCAACAGUUUCACUGCCUGAAAUACCCUGGACUGGGCCACAUGUGAGGGAGUGACUGGUUUUAACCUAUAUGGUUGAUUCAGGGAGGGAGACAUAACAGAUCUGCCAUCAUGUAAUUCAUGACAUAUAAUAGGUCUGUUUGAGCCCAUCAUCAUGUCACAUUCACAGGUCCAGCAUCAUGUCUCAUUCACAGAUGUAACAGUCAAUAACCUGCUCACCAAAAUAGUUAAUAUAAUGCAAGAUGAUCACAUCAAUAUUUGGUUGUGAGGUGCAUUAUGGGAAUUGUAUCUAGGGGGUUUGAUGCUGAUAUAACAUCACCUUCUUCUUCUUUACUUCUCUACAUCUUAUUUUGCAUAUUGGACUGGUAUUGUGGGUAUUUCAGAACUUCAAAUAACUUUUGGAGGUGCACUACAAUGAUGAUUGGGAACAUGUGAUCUGAAUGAUGCUUUCUAAACAUAUUCAAAGUUGACUUCACUAACCAGUGUUCCUUGUCACUGUCUCUUGUAUGACAGAACCUCAGGUUGUUUUAGUGGGUUAUAAUCAUGUUAAAUGAUCUUAGUAAAUAUGGUUGAAUUUUUGCUUGAAACUCACUACCUGACUGGGGGACCUUGUAGAGACUGGGAUAUUUAUUCUGAAAUCAUGUGAGACAAUAUUUCACAUAGAUGGAGUCCAUUCAACUUAUUGUCUGACAUGUUAAUAAAAGGUUAGUUUGCCAUAGCAACAGGGAAGGCAUAUUUAUGUGGUCUGACUGAACUAAAAUAUACGGAUCUAAAUAUAUCAGUGAUGCUGACUAUAAUGUCAACUUUUCCACGCUCUAGUUAAAUCAUUCCUGAACUGACAACACCCACAGGUCCAGUGUUCCAUGUCAAUGUCUCUUCCCCCUCAGCACCUGCAGUAGGUCCCAGCUGUAGCAGUACAGUCACUGUGCAGUCUGACUGAGGGAGGUUUUUGUUUACUGUUGGGAUAGUGGUAACUCUGACAGUAGUAAUCUCCUGCAUCUUCAGCCUGGACUCCACUGAUGGUCAGAGUGGAAUUAGUCCCAGAUCCACUACCACUCAAUCUAGAUGGAGUCCCAGACUGAAGCGUUUUGGUAUAGCAAAUGAGGAGUUUAGGAGCUCCUCCAGGUUUCUGUUUAUACCAGGCUACAAGCAGGAGGGCGACUACAAGCAGGAGGCUUGUGAAAUCUUCAUCCUAAACUGACUCUUUCUCCAUGGUGGAAAGCUUUCAUUUCAGAAGUCUGAGUCACAGUGUAUUGUCCUCUGGAUUCUGAAACAUAGAAAAAAAAGUUAUAUGAAAUGUUAACAUUAUUCCUUUGUGUAAAAUAUAUUGUAACCUUGAAAGCAGAAAGCAGGUGUCCAGAUGAAGAUGGUGAUAAAAGUAAUGGUUGUUGUCAAAUCUCGUAUACCCAAAUACUUCUCUGCAGCUGCCACCACAACAUCCAUUCUCUGUGAUUUAUGUUCCAUUUCUGCGGUACAGUUGAUAACCAUUGCUCUGAAUACUAAGAAGACAACAUUACUGAAGCAUAACUCACUUCUUGCCCUAUCCCUCUGUGCUGGCACAAAUCUACUACUCACUGGGAUCCUAUCAGGAUCCCUCUCCCUUGACCCAUCCUCCUCCACUUCCUUCACUGCCUCAGCUUAGGACACCCUACUUAGACUCAGCUGGCACUACUUAGACUCUGGCCACUUCAACCUGCCUCUCUCGCACCGGACACUUCCGAUCUCCAGCAACAUGAGCACCCCUACAGUUGACACACACACACAACUUUAUCCACCGAAACUACACAAUCCUCUGUCCCAUGACAUCCCGCACACUUCCCACAUCUUAGAAUCUCCCUCCUACACACUGCUGCAACAUGACCAUAAACAUUGCACCUGAAACAGCGCAGUGGAUUCUGCACAAAUGCUCUAACAGGAUAACUAAUAUAUCCUAACAUGACUUUGUCUGGCUCAAAACUCAAAAGGACUGACAAUGACUCCUCUGUUUCACCACUCUCCCCACCGGACCUGUGUCACACCAAACGGCGGGCGUCACAAACACCAGACAUUUUCAACUUCAAUCGCUACAUCCACACUUAAUGCUACCCCAGAAAUCACCCCUUUCAAUGGUGCCCUGUUCCUAAGAGCAAAGCAAGAAACAGAUCUUGACCCAAGUUACGUGACACGGAGCGCCCUCUCCCUCUCAUCCUGGUUAACUUCACUGAUUUAACUACCUCCAACUCCUUUCUCACCCACCCUGAAACCACAAAUGGAUCUGCCAAAAGACAAGGGUCCACCUUCUCCAAAAUGUCACUACUAUUGGUCCAGAUUCUUCUUUAUCAUGUCUGACUCCAUUCUUCCUCAACACACAUCUUCCCACUACACUCGGCUCUUCUCCUUCUUCCUUGCUGUCCACAAUCACAUCUGUCCGUUCACCACGCUCUUGUCGCACCUUCAUCAGCUACAUUGCUUGCAGAGCACGCACUGAUGGCACUUCUCCAAAACCCAACUUCUGUUCCUUAGCCCAUUUUACAAGUCUGACUAUCUCUGACCUCUCCAUGCUUCCUUCACCUCUCACAACCUUCGUUCAUAGAAGAGGUUUGUGUGAGCAGCAGCAUUGUCCAGCCAAUCAUGGUCUGAAUUGGUUAACAAGCCUCAGCUGGGUUCAAUUAAAGAAUGGGAAGGUGCUGAAAAGGUGUGGCAAGAGAGACGUUUUGCCUUGACAGAACCACAGGACAUUUUAGGGGGUUAUAAUAAUGUUACAUAAUCUCAAUAAAUAUUGUUUAAUAUUUGCUUUACAUUCACUACCUGACUGAGGGACCUUACAGAAGCUGGGUUAUUUAUUCUGAAAUGAUGUGAGACAUUACUAUUGCACAUAGAUGGAGUCCAUUCAACUUAUUGUGUGAUAUGUUACAAAAAAGUUUGUUUGCCAUAGCAACAGGGGAGGAAUAUGUAUGUAGUCUGGACCUAUGGGUGUUAUCACUUAAGGAAUGCUUUGACAUGAGAGGGGAUGAGUUGACAUAUUGUCAGCAUCACUGAUAUAUUUAGCUCAGUGUUUUAUAUUUCUGCAGGAUCUAGAUAGGGGUCUAGAGAGUCCACACAUGGUGCUAGUGAAGGAAACAUUAGUGAUUUACAUCUGAACGUUAGUAUAAUAGUGAAUAAUAUCAGUAGUGUUGUGUGCUAAAUGAACUAUUUUGAGAUUAAGUUGUGCAUGCCUUCUUACCUCUGAGUUGAAAUAAAGAUUGUUUUGAGAGUGCUACUCUAAUCUGGGACAAGCAGAACCACCCAGCCCUGUCUAUGUAAAUCUCAGUUUCACUCCCACAGCUACCAGUCUAGCAGUUGAACAGUUCCACUGCCUGAAAUACCCUGGACUGGGCCAGAUGUGAGGGAGUGACUGGUUUGAACCUAUAUAGUGGAUUCUGAGAGGGACACACAAUAGAUAUGCCAUCAUGUAAUUAAUGACAUAUAAAAUUUAUAUUAUACUUUUUGCUAAUACUGUAUAGUGUAUGUCUCUACAUAAAUGUGUCUAAUGUUCGAGCCCAGCAUCAUGUCUUAUUCACAGAUGUAACAGUCAGUAACCUGAUCACCAAAACAGUUAAUAUAAUGCUAGAUGAUCACAUCAAUAUUUGGUUGUGAGGUACAUAUGGGGAUUUGAUUUAGGGAGGCUGAAGCUGAUGUAACACCACCUUUAUUAAUUUUUUACUUCUGUAUAUCUGACUCUGCAUAGGGACAGGUAUUGUGUGUUUUAAAACUUAAUUUAACUUUUAUAAGUUGUAAGUUGACCUUACUGAUCAGUGUUCCAUGUCACUGUCUCUUCCCCCUCAGCACCUGCAGUAGGUCCCAGCUGUAGCAGUACAGUCACUGUGCAGUCUGACUGAGGGAGGUUUUUGUACGGCUCUGUAUCACUGUGUGAACACAUGUUUACUAUUGGGAUAGUGGAAACUCUGACAAUAGUAAUCUCCUGUAUCUUCAGCCUGGACUCCACUGAUGGUCAGAGUGAAGUCACUCCCAGAUCCACUGCCACUGAAUCUAGAUGGAGUCCCAGAGAAGAGGGUGCUUCCAUAGUAGACUAGUGCUUUAGGAGUUUCUCCAGGUUUUUGUUGAUACCAGGCUAAACAUGGUUUACCUGAACCCCCACAGUCAGGAUACACAUUACUGCUGAUUUUACAGUUCAGAGAGACUGUCUGUCCUGGGAGAACAGCUUUCACUGCAGGAGUCUGAGUCACAGUGAUCUGUCCUCUGGAUUCUGAAACAGAGAAAAAAAGAAUAAUUGUACAUCACCAGGAAUGAAUAACACAUUCUUAACAACCUUCAGUUCACUCAAAUUGUUUACUUUUCAGGAUACAAACAUGGAACUUAAUUUUCUUUACCCUUGAAGCAGAAAGCAAGUGUCCAGAUGAAUAUGGUGAUAAAGGUCAUGGUUGUUGUGGGUUCUGUUGUCAUGAAGGACAGCUCUCAGUCAUGAAGUGUUCAACUCACAGGGAUAUAAACACUCACAGAGCAGUGGGGCAGAUGCAUUAUGCAAAUGAAUGCUUCAAAUCUAUUUCAGUUUCCGAGUAGGCUCCCAUCAUUAGAAUAUAUUUUGUCCUGCAUGAACUUGUUUUUAUAAUAAUAGUAAUUAGGUGGGUGCUUAUAUUUGUACUAUUUCUAUUUUUAAUAGAUUAUUAUAAUUUUUUUAUAUCCAAACUCCCCCUGAGACAACCUCGGAAAGUGGGGUCACGGCCAAGAUUUGCCAUUAUCAACUGCGACCCUGGAGCAAUUAGGGUUAAGUGCCUUGCUAAAGGGAACAUCGACAGAUGUUUCACCGUGUCGGCCUGGGGAUUUGAACUAGCGAUCUUUCGAUAACUAGGCCAACGUCCUAACCGCUAGCUACCUGCUGCCCCUUUAAUAACAUCAAACAGCAACUGUUUACUCAGAUAACUGAUGCAUGGUAACUUUUAUGUCACACCACCAUUGUAUUUUUAUUCUGAUGAUGAUCAGAUAUAAUGAACUGUCUGUUCACUCAUGCUUGUUCUCUCAUGUAAGUUCCUCUAAUCAGUUAGUGAACACUUCUCUAAACUAAAGCUGGUAGGAUUCCUCUGGUAGUGUUGUCUGUCCUCUGUGACUUUACCACCACUGUUAAAUCUGAGAUCAACAUCUUUAAUAAAGGAAUAUACAACAUGGAUCACUAUCACUACUGCUGCUGCUGUUGUCUUUCAUAUGGACAAUAUGGAAGAAUACUAGCAACACUGGGUCUAAUGCUGGACUGUACCUACAGACUAAAAAAUAUAUUUAUUUUUUACUUUCUUAAACUCUUUCUAUGAAAAUAUUGCGAUUUAACAUAUUUUACUUUCUAAUAAAUAUAUAUUUUUCUAUUACUUUUGACGAAGCCUUCUUUCAAAUAACAUUUUAUUUAACCAAAAUGUUAAAAUGUAGGUGUUUAUUUAUAUGUCUGGUUUGAUGGAUUGCAGAGUAUAAUUAUAGUAUGAUAACUAUUUAAUAAUAUUGAAUAUAGUUGUUGCAUUGUGUAUUACUGUUUGUGUGCGAUUGUUGAUCUUUAAAUGUCAAAUAUUUUUGGUUAAAUUGAGCUUUUUAAUGAGCCUUCUUUCAAAUAGAUAUUUAUGGAAUCAAAAUAAUAAAUUGUAGGUUUAUUUGUAUGUCUGAUUUGUAUAUUUCCUAAUUCUGGUAUAAUAACUAUUUAAAAGUAUAGUAUAUAGUAUUCAUCACUGUUGAAUUGUGUUCAUGGUAGACUUUGCUGUUAGUGUGAAGACAAAGGGUCUCAGUUAUGUUUGUAACCUACUUCAUGAUGGAACAUGGGUGGUAUGUGAUGAAAAUACUAUGAAUAUGAGUAGGCUAUUCUGAUCAGAUCCAUUCCUGAACAAUAUCUGUAUGACGUGUAACUGACACCAUAUGACUAGUAACUCUAGUUAUUUAACCACUUUAUACUUGUUAGGUUCAUAAAUGUGCUUUGUAUCAUGUUGCUUUAGUGUUUUCUCUACAUCUUUUAAACAAUGUAACUUAUACAUUCAUAUUUAGAGGGCAUUUCCAAUUCACUUGUGUACUUUGCUUAAGAUCAUUUCUUACUGUAGCUGUAUUUGAUGUAGUUACUUAGUUGAUGAAUUUUGUUUGUUCCAGGUAACAGUGCCCCCACCCUCACCGUCCUGCCCCCUUCUAGUGAGGAGCUAUCCAGUACAACAACAGCCACACUGACGUGUCUGGCCAACAAGGGCUUCCCCUCAGACUGGACCAUGAGCUGGAAAGUGGACGGGACCAGCAAGAAUCAGGAGGCCAGUCCCGGGGUCCUGGAGAAGGACAGCCUGUACAGCUGGAGCUGGUUCCUCUGCUUUGACUGUUCUGAGAUCAGAUGUUCUCUGUAUUAUUAA